GGGAACGAGAUGAGCAGCGCCGGCGCCGCUGCAAGAUGCUGGAUGGACACGUCCUGCUGGGAUGGCUCUCCUCCUGCGCGCUCCUAGGGCUGCUCGCCUGCGCCCCGCGGCCCUCCGCCGCCUACUUCGGGCUGACGGGGAACGAACCCCUGACCAUCCUCCCUCUGACCUCAGAAAUGGAGGAGGCCGCAGUCAAAGCCCACUACAAGGUGUGUGACCGGCUGAAGCUGGAGAAGAAGCAGCGCAGGAUGUGCCGGCGGGACCCGGGCGUGGCCGAGACCCUGAUGGAGGCCAUCAGCAUGAGCGCCCUCGAGUGCCAGUACCAGUUCCGCUUCGAGCGCUGGAACUGCACCCUGGAGGGCCGCUACCGCGCCAGUCUGCUCAAGAGAGGUUUCAAGGAGACGGCCUUCCUGUACGCCAUCUCGUCGGCGGGGCUGACGCACGCCAUGGCCAAGGCGUGCAGCGCGGGCCGCAUGGAGCGCUGCACGUGCGACGAGGCGCCCGACCUGGAGAACAGGGAGGCCUGGCAGUGGGGCGGCUGCGGGGACAACCUCAAGUACAGCAACAAGUUCGUCAAGGAGUUCCUGGGCAGGAAGCCCAACAAGGACCUGCGAGCCCGGGUGGACUUCCACAACAACCUGGUGGGCAUGAAGGUCAUCAAGGCCGGGGUGGAGACAACCUGCAAGUGCCACGGCGUGUCGGGGUCCUGCACCGUCCGCACGUGCUGGAGGCAGCUCUCCCCCUUCCACGAGAUCGGGAAGCAGCUGAAGCAGAAGUACGAGACGUCCCUCAAGGUGGGCAGCACCACCAACGAGGCCACGGGGGAAGGGGACAUCUCCCCGCCCAAGAAAUCCUCCCCGGGGCACAGCGAUCAAAUCCCAAGGACUACAGACCUCGUCUACAUCGACGACUCCCCGAGCUUCUGCAUGAUGAGCCGGUACUCGCCGGGCACCUCGGGCAGGAAGUGCUACAAGGACAAGAACUGCGACAGCAUCUGCUGCGGCCGCGGGCACAACACGCAGAGCCGGGUGGUGACCCGGCCGUGCCAGUGCCAGGUGCGGUGGUGCUGCUACGUGGAGUGCAAGCAGUGCACCCAGAGAGAGGAGGUUUACACCUGCAAGGACUGACGCGGGCCCCGGGGCUGUCCUCGCCCUUCCUUCUGCCCGAGGCGGGGAGAACCCUCGGGCCACGGGCGGACCGCGGACGGAGACGAAACAGGGUUUGUGACGGACCUUCUGGGAUCUGAACGCUGUGUUGAGACAUGAGCACUUUGUAGGGUACAGGUGACCCAGCUGUGUUGCUGUUUUGUUCUGUUUUGGUUUUUUUUUUUGUUUGUUUGUUGUUUUUGUGGGGUGUUUUUUUUUCUUUUGUUUUGUUUGUUGGGGUUUUUUUCGGUGUUUUUUUCCUGUAGACUGAAUUUCGAUGAGGUCCAACCAUGUGGAAAUAAGUGCCUGUCCCACUGGGCUCAGACACCAGUGGUCCUUCACCUCGGUCGUCCACGCAGUUUUGACGGAUCGCCUUUCCUUGGAACAUCUCGGUUGUUUUCGCCGACCCUCUGUGAACUCCCCCCGGGCUGACAGAUUUCUCUUGGGCUUAAAUUAUCUGUUCUACUUUACUCCUGGAGCUUCUCCAGCUGCUCGCAGAGCUGAGCAGCUACAAAAGGAAGAUCUUUCUGCCCUGAGCACGAUGGUUCGUUUCUCCCCAGACUGGAGAGAGGAGUGUUGGGUAGUGAUGGUUCCCGACGGUUCUCCCAGUGGAGUUCCUGCACAUGGAGCAAACAAGGCUCUGACAAAGAGACCCACUGGGAGGGUCAGCUCUUUAGUGACAGCUAAAGUUGGGUCCACCACGCUGCAGACAGAAAUGCGUCCAAGGAAGAGGUUGGGAAGACAAGUGGAAAACCAGCCGUGCCUGUCCCCUCCAGUCCAAUCACCUGUUCUAUAUUUAAAACAAUUUCUCCAAAUGCAGGUUCUUUAGCACUAUCUCUGUCUUAAAUCUAAUUAUUAUUAUUAUUAUAAUUUUUUUUUAAAGAACCACUAGAUAUUUGGCCUCAUUUUUGUGCAUGAUUGAUUUUUUUUUUUUUUUUUCCCCCUCUCCUCUUCCCACCUCUUGCUGAUGGAAUAUUCACCCUGUGGAAACCGCUUCAGGCCUCUGGAUCUGGAACUUUAUUCAGUCUCGUGCCAGCUGAACUGGGACUUGUGUUUUUGAGGAGGACAAGAGAAAAAAACCUCCAAGUGCCUCUUGGAAGCCAGGGCUGUCCUGCAUCGUACAGCAGCAGUUUGGGCCUGGAUCAGACCUCUGGAGGAGUUGACUUUUCCUUCCCUAGGUCAUCAUUCCAUUUUCUCUGAACCAUGGCAGUGGUACCUGACACAAGCUGUAUGGAAACCCUAUGACCUUAAGGUUUUUAUUUUUUUUAUUUUUUAUUUUUUUUUUUAACCACUAGAUCGAGAGCUUGUGCUUUCAAAAUGCAAACUCUUGGAUUUGGGAAUAACCAACGGACACGGAGACAAAGCAGCAAGUGGCCAGAGAGGGCAGGAAUUUGACUGCAGUGGUAGAUCAAUCCCAGUGCUGUGAAACAGAUGACAACCUUCAGCUUUUCUUGGUUUUUUUUUUUCCCUUGGAAGAGGAGACUCCAGGGUUUGAUGCAACAAUAUUCUUCCCUCGGAUAAAAGCGGAUUGGAAGCAGCCAGUGGAUGCCCCAAGGAAGCUUCCUAAGGGAACAACGGAGUGUGGAGUGCGUUUAGUUGGAUUUUUUGGUGGCAAUUUUUGUUGUCCAGCAGCAGUUUCCACCAGUUCUGUGUAAGCCAUUCAGUCCGUUUCUCAAAAGAAGAAUUUUUCAACCAUGAGUAGAAAUCAGCGAGGAAAAUGAGAGCAGUUUUCCUAGAUGGACCAUUAUUUUUUCAAAGCCUUUUUUUCUCCUUAUUUUUUCUUUAGUUUUGUGGGUUUUUUCCCCUCACCUCACAAACAGUAGCCACUAAUUGAAGCUGUUCCUGUGCAUCUGCUGGGAGGAGAAAAGAUCUGGUUUGCUUUUUCUUGCUGACAAACACCUGCAGUUCCAGCCUGGUUGGCCCCAUGGCAUCAGAUCUUGAUUUGGGGGCGUGGGGAGAGACGGGGGGUGUCAAUGGCACCCUGCAAAGUGAAGCGACCUUGGCUCUUUUUGGCUGUUUUCUGACUUGCUGUACAAUUCCCAAGGUUUUGGGUAGUGCUGGAGGAGGAAUGGUGGUGGAAUUCCCACCUUCCACCUCGUGGGAAGGUCUCCUAGUUGUUUUUUUUUUGGUUGGUUGUUUUUUUUGGGUGGGGGGAGGGGAUGCAGUGCUUUGAAAGUCACCCACGAGCAGUUUAUCUGAUGGUUUAUAAAAAUAAACAAGGCUAGAAACUUCUAAUUCAGCGUGCACGUGUGUAUAUGUAUAUAUAUAUUUAUAUAUACACACAUGCCGACACAUAAAUAUAUAUAUAUAUAUAUAUAUAAAUAUUGAACGGACAUUUAUUUAUUGUAAAGCCCUUCAGAAGGACCUUCUUAUGGUUUCAUUGUGGUAUUAUGUUAAAUUCUCUGUCUCCCUCUGCCUCUCUCUCUCUCUCUCACACGUCUGUGCAAACUCACUGUUAGGUUUUUGUGUGUGUUUUAGGAUAGCUCUCCCCCUGCUCCCAAGUAAAGCUGGGCCCAAAACCUCCUCAAGACACGAGGAAUUUUGGGGGGUCUCUGAAUUCCUGUUUCUGGCUCCAGUCUUUUUAUUUAAAAAAAAAAAAAAAAAAAAGAAAAAAAAAAGAAAGUCCUUAAUUAAAGGAUGGGCCGCAACUUACGUGCAUUAUUAUUAUUAUUAUUAUUAUUAUUAUUAAUUAUUAUUAUUGUUAUAUUUAAACCAUGGGCCUCAUUUUGCCUCUUUUCACUGGUGUCUCUGUCUCCAUUGACCUCGCUGGAGUAAAUCCACAUUGCACUGGUGUGAGAGGAGAAGGAGUCCCUAGGACAGAGGAGAGGGUGGUGGUGGCACAAAUAUCCUCGGAGAGAAAAUACUGGAGUGGGCUGGGAUAGGGAAGCUGGGUGUGUUUGGUGUGGGAAAAGAGAGAGAGAGAGAGCUGGGUGGGAAAUAAGGCAGAUUGUCCAAGCAGCAAAGAGUGAAUGAACUACUGAGUGAAAGAGCUCUUCUGUGUGUUAGAACUCAGCACUGAAGUCUGGAUGCUUUCUGUAAGUAUUUACAAAAAAAAAAAAAGAAAAAAAAACUAAAAAGAGAAAAAAAAAUAAUGCAAAACCACCACAAAAUCCCCCCCUCCAAACUGUAUUUAUGUUUUAAUGUUGUUAUAAUGUUGUAUAUUGUAAAUAGCAAGGUUUAUUCUCCUGUGGUUAAACAAACAAAAAAAAAAAACAAAA